AUGGUGCUCCUGCUUCUACUCCUCUUGCUACUACUGCCGGCUUUGGCUGCUCUUUAUCUCGUGUAUCGGCCUCCACCGCAGCUCAUCCAGUACUUGCAGCAUCGAUGGCCUGACAUCCUCUGGCAGGUGCCCACCUCUGCCAAAGUCAUUGCGUUGACAAUCGAUGACGGUCCAUCCAUCUAUACUCGAGAAAUACUGGAUAUAUUAAAGGCGAAUAACGCAACGGCUACGUUUUUCAUUAUUGGUUCCCACGUUUGUGGCCGUGAAGAUGUCCUCCGCGAUAUCAUCAGCAAUGGCAACGAACUCGGCAACCAUGCUAUGCACGAUGAACCGUCGUUCAAGUUGAGUGACUGUGAACUCGAGUCACAAAUACAUGCUGUUGAGCAAAUGAUUCAUAAUGCUUACAAAAAUGUUACUGGGCCUGAAGCAGAAAGCUUCCCGAAAUAUUUUCGCCCUGGGUCUGGCUUUGUUACUGCCCGAAUGCGCAAACUUCUACACCAACUAGGUUAUAGUCUUGUGCUCGGCGGAAUAGAUCCACAUGACCCACAAAUACCCUUUGCGUGCGUCAAUUCUGCGCAUAUAUUGAGUAUGGCACGUCCCGGUGGAAUCAUUAUUUGUCAUGAUGGACGAAGCUGGUCGCCCUCAAUGCUGAGAGCCGUUCUUCCAAAGUUAAGGCAGAGAGGAUAUAAGAUUAUCACCAUUACAGAACUAUUGAAGUCCAGUCCUCCAUGA